GGAAAUAGAGAACCUCGAAAAACUAGGUCGUGAGUAUUGAUUUUUCCUAAUAUCCGACAAACGUACGCGUUGCGCGGCUUUGUGCAAACCGAUUUAUUGUGUUCGUGUUCGCGUCGAGGCGGAGUCGUACAAAAUGCCCGAUGGGGAGUCUGCGGCGACGGUGGAGAAUGUCCGCGUGGUGGUGCGGGUGCGGCCGAUGGACGAGCGGGAGAAGUUGGAAGGGUCCCCGUCGUGCGUGUCGGUGGACGCCGUGCACGGCACGGUGGCCGUGACGCGCUCCAACGCCGUCCCGCCGGAGCCCCCGCGCGUCUAUGCGUACGAUGCCGUGUUCGACGGCACCACUAGCCAGAUGGACAUCUACGUCCAAACGGCCAGCCCGAUCGUGGAGCAAGUCCUGAAGGGCUACAAUGGCACCAUCUUCGCGUACGGACAGACUGGCACCGGCAAAACCUACACCAUGGCCGGUGCCACCGCGGCGCCGGAACUUAGGGGGAUCAUACCGAACUCCUUCGCGCAUAUCUUCAGCCAUAUAGCCACUGCUAAGGAUGAUGAGAAAUUCCUGGUGUGUGUCACCUACUUGGAGAUCUACAAUGAAGAAGUACGCGACCUGCUGGGGAACAAUCCACAUCAGUCGCUCGAGGUUAAGGAGAGACCAGAUAUAGGAGUCUUCGUCAAGGAUCUCACAGGCUACGUGGUCCACAACGCCGACGAGCUGGAAAAGAUCAUGUUUGUGGGCAACAAGAACCGCCACAUCGGGGCGACCGCCAUGAACACAGAGUCUUCCAGAAGCCACGCCAUCUUCUCCAUCACUGUGGAGAGUAGUAAAAAAGGGGCCGACAACAAAACACAUGUCAAGAUGGGGAAGUUGCAUCUAGUGGAUCUUGCCGGCUCGGAACGCCAAAGCAAGACCCAAGCCACGGGCACGCGCCUCAAGGAGGCUACCAAGAUCAACCAGUCGCUAUCCGUCCUCGGCAAUGUCAUCUCCGCUCUAGUCGACGGGAAAAGCACACACAUUCCUUACCGGAACUCGAAACUAACUAGAUUACUUCAAGAUUCGCUCGGAGGGAACUCUAAAACUGUCAUGAUUGCGACCAUCGGGCCUGCGGAGAGCAACUAUGUGGAGACAAUCAGCACUCUUCGCUACGCCAACCGAGCCAAGAACAUCGAGAACAAGACGCAUGUCAAUAGUGAACCAGGCGACGCAUUGCUUACAAGGUUUCAACAAGAGAUUGAUCAACUCAAGAAACAGUUGGAAGAAAAUGAAAAUGAAUUGGAAGAAGAAGAAGCCGAGUUGAGCGAGGGUGAGCUCACUGACGACACGCUCACUGAGUCGGAACUGGACUCACUCGGCCCCGAGGAGAGGAAGGAGUUGCGCAGACUGAGAAGAGAAGAGAAGGAGAAGCUGAACCGAGAAAAAGCGAACCAAGCGAGGAAAGUGCUGGAAGAGAAGAAGGCGGAAUUACAGAGAACCAAGAAACAGCAAGAAGAACUAAAAGACAAACUCCAGCGCCUCGAGUCCAAGGUUCUCGUUGGUGGAGAGAAUCUUCUGGACAAGGCUGACGCUCAGAGGCGACUUCUAGAACAAGCUGCCAGGGAACUAGAGCAGAGGAGACUCAUAGAACUGCGGCUGCAAGAAGACUUGCAGAAGAAAGAGGCUGAGCGUCUAGACAUCGAAGAGCGCUACUCCUCCCUCCAGGAGGAAAACGCAGCCAAGACCAGAAAGCUCAAGCGCGCCGUCCAACUCCUCAACUCCGCCAAAGCAGAGCUGGCUGAUCAGCAGCGGGAGCAACAGCGGGAGAUGGAGGGGAUUCUGGACUCUGUCAGGGCUCUGAGGAGGGAGAUACAGCUGGCUGAUCUAGUGCUGGACUCUUACAUUCCCAAGGAAUAUCAGGCGCUGAUUGAGCAAUAUGUCCACUGGAACGAGCAGCUGGGCGAGUGGCAGGUGAAGUGCGUCGCGUACACCGGCAACAACAUGAGUGCCCCUGCUCCGCCACGCCAGCAUAAGCAUAUGGAGCCGCCAGACCUGUCUUGCCGCUACCUGUCGUACGCGUCCGUGAACGCGCGCCCGCGUCCGCCCGCGUCCGCCGUGCCGCGUCCGCACACCGCCGCGGCGCGCGCCAGGCAGUAGACAAGGAUUUCGCUUUCUUGUGUGCGGUAGAGCUCAAUAUUGACAGCUUUUUUAUGCUAAGACUAGGCACUAGCUACAAUUCAACAUGGUCAACACAGAGAGGCUAUUCAGUCACAUUUUUUACAUGAAACGAUCUAUUUUAACACAGAAAUUCUGUGAUGAAUUCAUGACACAAUUUUUAACAAUAAAAUGUGAAAAUACCUUCAAACCUUAAUAAAAAUAUUACUUUAAUAAUGUGAGUGUGUUUAGUAAAACGUCCCACUUUGUCGGUUACCAUUAAGGCGAGAUUUACUUGUAUCUUUAAAUGAAUAAACUGACAAAGCGGCUUUAUAGCAAUGGACAAAGUGGGACGUUUUCCCGUGCACACUCACUUAUAUCAAAACAUUUAGUAAACUUGGUAAAACUAAAAGUAUUUUUAUAUAUAACCAAAUGAAUUUGUAUUACUAGAAUUAAUUAUUAAUCCUUAGUAUUAUAAUAUUUCUAAUACUAGUCGCAUUCCAGUGAUUUUUGUUAUUUUAUUUCUUAAUUGUAGAUUAUUUUGUAUUCGAGCAUUAAAAUAUUUAAAAAUAAAAUAAAAAAUACAUCAAUAUUUGUUAUUUCAAGAUACUGAUCUCUCUAUUAUUUGUGAUUUUAAUUUUGUGUGAUGUCGCACAAUUCGUAUUUUUACACUUUUAAUUGUAAUAAACUA